UCCCUGCUGGAGCAGCUGCCCCAGGACGACCCAGACUACAUCUACAAUAUGGGCUGUUUGCUUUACCAGGACGGGAAGAACGAGGAGGCCUGCAAGAAGUUCAUGUCGGCCAUGCAGGUGCUGGGAUACGUUCCAGCGUUAUCCUACAACAUCGCCCUGUGUUACUACAGCCUGAAGAACUACCCUCAGGCCCUCAAAUACAUCGCAGAGAUCAUAGAGCGAGGCAUCAGGGAGCAUCCAGAGCUGAGCGUCGGGAUGACGACUGAGGGCAUCGACGUCCACAGCGUGGGCAACACGCUGGUGCUGCAUCAGACGGCCCUCAUCGAAGCCUUCAACCUCAAAGCUGCCAUCGAAUACCAGCUGAAGAACUUGAAAGGAGCUCAGGAGGCUUUGACAGACAUGCCCCCCAGAUCAGAGGAGGAGCUGGACCCGGUGACCCUCCACAACCAGGCUCUGGUGAACAUGGACACGAAGCCGUCGGAGGGUUUCGAGAAGCUGGCGUUCCUGCUGCAGCAGCCGUCCUUCCCCCCCGUCACCUUCGGAAACCUGCUGCUGCUCUACUGCAAACACGAGUACUUCGACCUCGCAGCCGACGUCAUGGCAGAGAACACACACCUCACCUAUAAGUUCCUCUCCCCGUAUAUGUUCGACUUUCUCGAUGCCUUGAUCACCUGUCAGACCGCUCCAGAGGAGGCUUUUAGGAAGUUUGACGAGAUGAACGGAAAACUGACAGAGCAGUUACGCAAGCUGGCCAAGCAGGUUCAGGAAGCUCGGCUGGCUCGAGACGAUGAAGUGCAGAAGAAAGCUCUGCAGGACUAUGACCAGAUGCAGGAGAAGUGUGACAGGUACAUCGUGGUCCUGAUGGCCCAGGCCAAGAUCUACUGGAACCGGGAGAACUUCCAGAUGGUGGAGAAGAUCUUCCGCAAGUCGGUGGAGGUCUGCAACGAGGACGACACCUGGAAGCUGAACGUCGCCCACGUGCUCUUCAUGCAGAACAAGUACAAGGAGGCCAUCGGCUUCUACGAGCCUAUCGUCAAGAAGCACUACGACAACGUGGAGCAGUGUAACAUUCAGGAGUGUCCCUGCAAGUGCAAACCCUCGAUCCUGAAUGUGAGCGCUGUGGUCCUCGCCAACCUGUGUGUGUCCUACAUCAUGACCAGCCAGAAUGAAGAGGCUGAAGAGCUGAUGAGGAAGAUCGAGAAAGAAGAGGAGCAGAUCUCCUACGACGACCCCGAUAAGAAGGUCUUCCACCUCUGCAUCGUCAACCUGGUCAUCGGGACGCUGUACUGUGCGAAGGGGAACUACGACUUUGGCAUCUCUCGUGUGAUUAAGAGCCUGGAGCCUUACAACAAGAAGCUGGGGACGGACACAUGGUUCUACGCCAAGCGCUGUUUCCUGUCUCUGCUGGAGAACAUGUCCAAACACAUGGUCAUGCUGCGGGAUGCCGUGGUACAGGAGUGUAUUCAGUUCCUGGAGCACUGCGAGGCUUACGGUAAGGAGGUUCCCGCCAUCAUCGAGCAGCCUCUGGAGGAGAUCCGCAUUCACAUCGGCAAGAACACGGUCACCUACGAGGCUCGACUGCUAAAGGCGCUGUUCUACGAGGUCGUCGGCUGGAACAAGUGACAUCAUUAAACACGAGUCGCUGUGACGCG